AUGGGAAGCACAUCGUCCAAGUUCCGGAAACACCUAAGUAAUGGAGAUGAGGUUGCGGCCCUGAAUCUGUAUAACAGCCAUAGUGAGUUACGGAAAGCCUUGGAUCCAAACUGUUCAUAUGGUGACUCGCAUCAGCAUGAAACUCCUCUCCACUACUCUGCGCGACAUGGCAUGAAAAGUUUACUACGGAUAUUUUUACGUGAGUUGGGUGGGAACCCAAACAAGACAAAUGGACACAAGGAAACAUGCCUACACUGUGUGUCAAUGGAGAAACCUUGCCAUGCUCAAUGUUACCCAGUCUUACGCAAACGUGCUGAGUGUCUACAGAUGCUGCUGAACUGGAGGGGAGCUACACUAAAGGAUGGCGAGGUGGAGAAAAUUGACCUGGCUGCUCAGGAUGAGGAUUUGAACACUGCGUUACAUUAUGCUGCCGCUUCAGGACUAAAACGAUGUGUGGAGAUGUUGGUGGCUCAUGGAGCACCCCUGUUCACAGAAAACAAAGACCAGUUAACACCCUGUGAUUCUGCUGAGAGAAAUUCUCACACGGAAAUAGCUACUUACCUGGAAUCCAAGAUGGUUUUUUCUGAUAAUGAUCCUAACGAUGUAACUAUACCAGAAAUGUUACCUGUUGUGGACUCAGAGGAGUAUAGUGGUCUGCGUGCUCAAGAUCUCCAGGAGGCUAAGGAUCAGCUAUUGGUGGAGACUGCGGACAUGUUGAGUGUGCCACUUUUUACUGCAGAUGCCUUGCUAAGGAACCAUGAGUGGUCGCGUGAGAUGCUCCUGGAGGCAUGGAUGAGUGACCCAUUGGCCUGCUGCGAGAAGUCUGGUGUGACCCCUCCCCCCAGUCUGUUUUCUGAACAACCCCAAGUGCAGGAGUCUUUGACCAGUCCCGUCAGCUCAGAACCUCCCAGUCCUGACACUAUGUGUGAUAUCUGUACUCAAUCGUUCUUGCUGGAGGAGGAACCAGUCCACAUGGCUUGUAAACAUCAGUUCUGUCGUUGCUGCUGGAAAGAAUAUUUGAAUCUGAAGAUCCAGGAAGGAGAUGCCCAUCAUAUUACCUGUCCUGGGUUUCAAUGCGGAAAGCUUGUACCUGUGGAAAUCAUUGAGAAUAUUGUCUCCAGAGAGAUGGCACGUCGAUACCUACAGUUUGACAUCAAGGCAUUUGUAGACAGUAAUCCAAGUAUUAAGUGGUGUCCAUUCCCGGGCUGUGGUCGAGCAGUUCGAUUGCCAGAACUGGACGGUAGCAACCAGACACCACGACAGCUCCCCGCUGACACCUCACGCGCUGUCGACUGUGGUAACAAACAUUACUUCUGUUGGGACUGUGGGGGUGAAGCCCAUGAGCCAUGCAGCUGUGAAAACUGGACCAAGUGGCAUCAGAAAAUAGCAGAGGUGAAACCUGAACAGAUGGAUGGUACAGAGAAAGAUACAGAAUCUGCAGCAAACUGUCUUUGGCUAGUCACAAAUUCUAAACCCUGUCCCAACUGUAAAUCUCCUAUACAGAAAAAUGAGGGUUGCAACCACAUGAAGUGUUCAAAGUGCAAGUUUGAUUUCUGCUGGGUGUGUUUGGAUCAGUGGAAACGACACAACUCUAGUACAGGUGGAUAUUUCAAGUGUAACCGAUACGAGGUGUCAAAGAUUGUAGAGGAUAAUGCUAACCUGGCACAGUCAGAUGCAGAGGAAAGGAACAAACGAAUGCAGGAGUUGAAUAAAUUUGUCCAUUACUACACUCGUUUCAAGAACCAUGAAAACAGUUACAAGUUUGAAGAACCACUCACCAGUUCUACAAAGACAAAGAUGAUGAAGUUAGCAGAAGCUGUAACCGACCCAGCAACAGCUAAUGCAGAGACAAAGUUUGUAGAAGAAGCUGUAGAACAAUUGUUGAAAGCGCGGCGUGUGCUCAAGUGCUCUUAUGCCUAUGGAUAUUAUCUUGACGGACCUGGCUACAAAAAGAUGGUGUUUGAAUUCAUGCAGACUGAGCUGGAGGAAUGUGGCGAGAUUUUAUCUCAGAUGGUAAACAGGUUAUAUUUGAGGACUCCGAGAAAACGCAUUAUAGAACAAGCCCAUGUUGUCCAAAGGAAACGGCAUGAAUUUAUUGUGGCAAUAUCAAAAGGGCUGGUACCUCCUGAAACACCUCCUGCACUCCGAAAACACAGGAGACGCAGAUACAGUAUGGAUUAUGAGGAUGAGGAACUGAGGAAAGCCAUACUGGCCUCUAUACAAGAUGUUGAUCCGGCAAAUCCCUGGAUAAAGGAUGCAUCUGGUCGACAUACCAAUGUGAUGGCUGUACUAGACUGGCCUGACAGUGAUGACUCAGACAGUGAUGGACAGACAAGUCAGAGAAAACCAGGUAAAUGUGCUAGGGAAGGGUGUAACAAGUUAGAGGCUAAGAAUCCGCGGACAGGAGAAUGGCAUCAGUAUUGUAGUCGACAAUGUAUGGCUGCUGCUGCUGUGGAAAACUCGGACCAGUCUGAGCCAGUGCAGGAAGCAAUACUUGAUGAACAAAUGGACCUGUUAAGGGCUUUAGAGAUGUCCCGUUUACAGUACCUCAGGGACCAGGGUAUUAUUGCAGACUUGUCCUCCACAACAGCAAGCUUACUGGAUUCCCCAGGGGCUGCUGAAGGUGGAAGUCCCAUCCCAGGAGAGGGUGACCUCCCCUCUCCACAAAAACAGAACAAGGCUCUCCCUGACAUUGCACUACUGCCCAAACCUCCACGAGCAAAGGGUAAACAGUCAACUGACAAAAAGGGGAAGUCACCAAAACGGUCCAAAGAUGAGGGAUCACAGCUAGGAAAACCAAAUAGUAUGACAGCAAUGGAGGAAUUAGACUUUGAGCUACAAAGAGUGCUUGAACUAUCUACCAUUAGUCCUUCUGAUUUGUCUCCAGAUGCCAAAUUAAUGUUGCCCAAAAGUGCCACGCUACCAGCCCCUGUGUCACCGCAGCAGCCACGUCACUUAUCUCCUCAGGAGUCGCUUUCUCCCUAUGCUCAGCAUCGCCGCAAGAAGAGUCAGAGUCGGUUCGAUGAGACCACCUCUACAGUGGUCAGUCGAGUCCCAAACAAAAGUGUGGAAGACCUUCUCCAUGAUGAUUGUAGUGUUGGGUGUAGAGCACCACCGUCUUCUCUGUCCACACUGUCAUCCGAGUCAGAUUCUCCCAGUGAUUGUGUAGCAACAAUCCCCAAUGUGUACACAUCGCCAAAUCAGUCGAGUCACAUGCCAGUUACUUUAUCCCAACCCCCUUGUGCAUACCAACAACAACCACCAAACACACAGCAAACCCAUCAGAGCAUGGGGUGCUUUGGUAUUAUCAAGGACUUGUCAGUGUCCAACAUCAACACAGGUGAAACAGAUAAGACACGUGACUUUCAAGGAAAAAAUUUGAGUCUGUUUCGUGACCAAAAGCAAGAGAGGCCAUCGCUCAGAGGCAUACUGGCUGCUAACACACCAGGUGAAGAUGAGGAUAAUGUUUUUGUUCUGAUCAGCCCUGACAAUUUACAGGCCAGUCAACAACAGAACUGGGCAUAUCCUACAAACCUUUUCUCAAAUGCUAGUGAUAAACACGAUAGUCAAGCCUCGUCUGGAGUUAGAGGUCGUGGUAGCACACAGUCCUGGGAAAUGACUUCCUCCACAUCCAGUCUUAAAGGAGAAACAAAGGUAUUGACAUCUCUUUAUGAUCACACUAAAUGUCCACAGGGAUCAGAAGACUCUGGAGAGAUGUCUCUAUCUCAGAUGGCAGAAAACCUUGUCCAUAUUUCUGCUGAGAUGAAACGUAUGGUUGAUACUCAUGUAACAGAUACAACUGAUUCUUCCCUAGAGGAAGAUGGUGCUACUCCAGAAAGACCACUUGAGUUAGAUUUUGACAAUUUGGAUGAACUUCUACCUACCAGCUCCCUGAAACAGUAUGUAGCAAAACAUAUGGAACAGGACAGCCCUGACUCCUUGACAGAACAGUUUGAUACUUGUGAUACAUAUCGGUCACAAUCAGUUUUACAUAAAACAGUUAAAGAGGAAUUAAAGGGAUCAAAACGAUUUUUCACAGAGGAUAUAGGUGAGGAUGCAACCGAAAUCAGUCGGUCAAAUUUGUUCUCAUCAUGUGUGAAGAAUUCAGAGGAAGUCUUUCUACCAACAGAUAUCACAUAUAAUUCACAAUUACAAAGUGCCAAUGACAAUGCAGAAGAAGUAUCAGAUACGUUAUGUGUUACCGACGUGGAAACACCAGAAGUCAAUAACGACCAAAGACCUAGAGUGGGUCCCCGGGAAACACUCAUUGAUUUCCGACCUGGACAGAGUGACAUUGAUCGUGGUCCUUCAGAACGUCAGGGUCAGAUCCAAAGUCAUCGCAGUCGUCCACGUAGAAUUGAAACAGUAUUUGGUGUUGAUGAUGUGGUAACUGCGGCAGAAGGUCCUGCACCAAUUAUGGAGCUCGACUUGACAGUGGAAUCUGGACCAGUAAACUCUGGUCGGACACGAAGUAAUGGAGAAGAUAGCUCACAUGGAAAUUCAUUCUUUGUGUGA